AGGGAGCCUAUCUUGCGCAGACUGGGUACUGUACAUGGCCAUUGAUGCUGCUGGAUAGAUGUAGCCCUGAUGUAAAUAGGAAUGGCGAGGGCAGCGGACAUAAUAUGUCUCGUUAUCUCUGCUUGACAUCGGAACAUUUGAAGCCACCAUCGGGAUUUUACAAAACGCUGGGGCCUUUUCUCGUUUUCAUGUGAAUCUGCCUUGACAGCUCGCCUGAUGCUUUUAAUUUGACACAGGAGCCAAAGCAGACGGGCGGCUUCUUCUAAUAGACACUCGGGAAAAACAGGUCAUUAUGACCUUAGUAUCCUCCAGUAAAAGAAAACCAUCGGAUUGCUUUUACGCGGCAGCAUUCUGCUUGCAUUUUUUGCUUUGGAUUUCGUGUGCUGUGUCCGGAGAGGAGGAUCAUCAUCAGUUCAGCGUUGAGGGAUGGCUACAGAGGUAUGGCUACCUUCCCCGCACAGAACCGGGAAUGUCUGUCCUGCGCUCGGCCCAAACCUUGCACUCAGCCAUCGCUGCCAUGCAGCGCGUCUAUGGUCUCAAUGUCACAGGGACACUGGAUGAGAAAACCAAGGAUUGGAUGCAAAAGCCUCGCUGUGGAGUACCGGACAAGUUUAAGAUUGCUGCGAGGUCACGGAAGCGGAGAUACGCACUGACAGGACAGAAGUGGCAGCGUACACACAUCACCUACAGCAUAAAAAAUGUCACACCUAAGGUGGGCGCCAGGGAGACUCACGAUGCCAUCCGGCGAGCAUUUGACGUGUGGCAGGGUGUGACUCCCCUACGCUUUGAGGCCGUUCCGUACAGCGCUCUGGAGACUGGCAGGCGUGACGUGGACAUCACCAUCAUCUUCGCUUCGGGUUUUCAUGGUGACAGCUCUCCCUUCGAUGGGGAAGGGGGAUUUCUCGCCCACGCCUAUUUUCCGGGCCCAGGCAUAGGAGGGGACACACACUUUGAUUCAGAUGAGCCAUGGACCCUAGGGAACCCAAACCAUGAUGGUAACGACCUGUUCUUGGUUGCGGUCCACGAGCUGGGCCACGCCCUCGGUCUGGAACAUUCGAAUGACCCGACCGCUAUCAUGGCUCCUUUCUACCAGUACAUGGACACAGAGAACUUCAAACUACCUCACGAUGACCUACAGGGCAUCCAGAAAAUCUAUGGUCCACCAGAUAGAGCCCCGCAGCCCACCAGACCCCCGCCCACAGUCCCUCCUCCUCGCUUCCACCCUCCUUCAGACCCCCGUAAGAAUGAACGCCAUGCCAGACCCCAUCGCCCUCCACAGGGGGCCAAGCCCUCCAACCCCAACUCCAAACCCAACAUCUGUGACGGAGGCUUCAACACCCUGGCCAUCCUGCGGCAGGAGCUCUUUGUGUUCAAGGACCAGUGGUUUUGGAGGGUACGGGACAACUCGGUGGUCCCUGGUUACCCCAUGCAGAUCAACUACUUCUGGAAAGGCUUGCCUCCCAAAAUUGAUGCCGUGUAUGAAAAUAGCGAAGGGAAAUUCGUCUUCUUCAAAGGUAAUAAGGUUUUUGGGGAACAAGUUGUGGAGGUUGCAGAAGUUCUGUCCAUCAUCAAGAAGACCGGAGAGUCCAAUAGACUGUGCCUGUGCCUGGGGCCGGACCACGCCGAGGACGGCCUAAGCCAGUCGCCGGCCUGCAACGCCUGCAAAGGACACUGA